CCUCUGAAGUUAGCCGUGAUUUCCUCUAGAGUCGGGUCUUAUCUCCGGCUGCACGUUGCCUGUGGGUGACUAAUCACACAAUAACAUUGUUUAGGGCUGGAAUAAAGUCGGAGCUGUUUACCCCCACUCUAUAGGGGUUCAAUAUAAAAAGGCGGCGGAGAGCUGUCCGAGUCAGACGCGUUCCUGCACUGGCGCGGCGAGCCCGACCGGGUCUGCUCCGCUGUCCUUGCGCGCUGCCUCCCCGGCUGCCCGCGACGCUCUCACUCCGGUGACAGGGACACUCGCUGAGGACCGCGCUGAGAUCUCAAAAAACCAGAGGCGAUCAGAGCGAACAGAUACCGUCCUCUUCGUUUUGCAUUGAGUUCCAUUUGCAAUCGAGUUUUCUUUUUUUUUCUUUUUCUUUUUUCUUUUUGUCCCCCUCUUCUGAUCCCUUUGCAGAAUGGAUUAUUUUCCCGUGAUCUUCUCUCUGCUGUUUGUGACUUUCCAAGGAGCUCCAGAAACAGCUGUCUCCGGAGCAGAGCUCAGCCCCCGAGCUGAGAACGAAGUGCAGAGCCCCACUCCCAGCACACCCUGGAGACCCCGCAGGUCCAAGCGCUGCUCCUGUUCCUCCUUGAUGGACAAGGAGUGUGUCUAUUUCUGCCACCUGGACAUCAUCUGGGUCAACACUCCCGAGCGUGUUGUCCCAUAUGGAUUGGGAAGCCCUUCCAGGUCCAGGCGUUCCUUGAAAGACUUACUUCCCACAAAGGCCACAGACCACGGAAAUAGAUGUCAGUGCACUCACCAAAAAGACAAGAAGUGCUGGAAUUUCUGCCAAGCAGGAAAAGAACUCAGAGCCCAAAGUACCAUGCAGAAAGACUUAAAAGACUCCAAGAAGGGAAAACCCUGUUCCAAGCUGGGAAAGAAGUGUAUCUAUCAGCAGCUGGUGGAAGGAAGGAAACUAAGAAGGUUGGAGGCCAUCAGCAACAGCAUCAAGACAUCUUUUCGUGUUGCAAAGUUGAAAGCUGAGCUCUAUAGAGACCAGAAGUUGAUGCACAACCGAGCUCAUUGACUACAGAGCUCCCUGGUGUUUUGGAAGCCAUCCCUUAUAUAGCACGAGCCCCAUGGCCAACUCUGCACUCUCCAUGCUGGCUGGGAUCUUAGCAAGAACAUCUGUCUGGCUUCUACAGUUUCUUAAUCAGACUGGCAGAAGACCAGUAUCCUUGUUCCAAACAUUCCGAGAAAGGUUGAGGUGUUCCCUAGCCUGUCUUUAUCUGCGUCUGCUGGUAGCGAGUGCUUUUCUGCCUUUUCUUGCUGUUUGGGAAUGACCGUGGACCCCCCAGAGAGCAGAGACACGAUGGCAUUCUAGAGUGGCAUCAUCCAGAGAGCCAGGAGAUUCCAUUGCAGGGCGGAGUUUCUGUAGAAAGUCCUUAGGGAGUGUUCCUGUCUGACUCAGGCGCCUGGCACAUUUCAGGGAGAAACUCCAAAGUCCAUGCAAAAAUUUUCUGAGGAAUGCACAAAUUGAAAACACACUCGAAGGACAAACACUUGAGUUUAAAAAAAAAAAAAAAAGACAAGGACUAUUUUUUUUAAGUUGUAAAAUGCAAAACUCAAAGCAACUGUUACUACUGUACAUUAGGAUGUGUUUCAUGAAUAUGAGUCUACCUCACCUUUCUGCACUGUUGUACACAUUCUCACCUUUAAUUAUUGCCUCCCUACACUCUCCCUUCUCCGCUAUCCGGGUUCCCAAUCCCCUAUACUGAAUCCUUGCCUCACAGAAAUCGAGUCAGAAGUAGGUGAAAAAUUUCCAUGCUAAUCUGCUAGCUCUGAUCUAUGAGAAAAAGGAUGACAGAAUCCGGCCCCUGCCCUUGAUCUUGGGAAACACAAUGGUAUAGAGUUGUUUGUGAACAUGUUAAAAACCUGGUUGUGCUUUCUAGCAGUAAAAAUAUGUUCCCGUAUGUAUUGUAACUGGUUAAUGGAAGAGGUUAGAUUGAAUCUUGAUGUACUUAUUUUUUUAUAGAUAUUUAUAUUCAAACAAUUUAUUCCUUAUAUUUACCAUGUUAAAUAUAUGUCUGGGCAGGCCAUAUUGGUCUAUGUAUUUUUUUAAAAAAAUAUAUUUCUGAAUGAAAUUGAGAACAUGCUUUGUUUUGCCUGUCAAGGUAAUGAUUUUAGAAAAUAAAUAUUUUUCCCUACUGUA